AUGGCCUCACCCGCUGUCGCCAUGGCCCAGGUCAACGGCGUCUCCCCAUUGUCGCGUCCAGACUCUCCCGCUUCAAUCAAUUCAUCCACGAAGCGGAAGCGCGAAUCAACCGACGAUAACGAGGCCGACCUCAACCGCGGCGACCCGCCUAAGCAGCCUGUCAAUGGCGUGCACGCUUCCGAGGGUCGCAAAUCCCUUGUCCGUGAUUUCUACAGGGUUUUGGAAAGCAACCCAUCGCUUCUCAAGCGCCCUCUUCCAGAUUCACUUCCCGAUGGCGAACCGUCCUCGAAGCGAGCGAAGUCAGAAGACGGCACACCCAUCAGCAUCUCGGACAAGGUGACACAGGACGUAUAUGAGGUGCUGGAUGACUUGGUCGCCGACGUCGUUCACACUGCAGAUGCACAGGUCAAGGAGCUCGAGACUGCAGGGACGCCGGGAGAUGCAGACGUGCUCGCUAAAACGAUCGCAUUAAAGACCAAGGCGCUCGAGCUCUACAGACAGGAACUAGCAUACCCCAACGUGCCGCGGCCGAUUCCCGGGAAACAGACCUUCGGUCGACAAGCGCCGGCCACAAGUGGCCUGGUCCUCACAGCAGUAGGAGCUGCGCCAACACCGAGGCCGCUUUUUACCAGCCUUCAGCGCGAUGCAGCUAAACCUUUGGCGGAAGCGGCUCUACCCCCGGGGGUUACCGCUACCAAGGUUCUGUCUGAAGCAAAUCUGUCGGGCGACAAGAACGGUCGCGUCCCUACGCUGGGAGAAUUGUUUCCUUCCCCCCGAAACCUGCCUCCGCUCCAGCCACCAAAGGCGCCCAAGACGGCCACGAAAAGCAAUGUACUGACUUUCUACCACCCCGAGCUAGCGGAGAAGUCCAAGUACCGGUCUGGCAGUUACUUCUCUUCAAGCAUCUCCGUGGGUCACUGGCUGGAUUAUAGCAAUGCCACACCAACAACACAUGCCAAAACAAAACAAAGAGAGCGGGCGCAGAGCCUGGCAGGCAUCAAGCCCUCCACGACCGAACUAGAAGUGUCCGAGCUGGAGACCCUCUUUCGGGGGGCUUUCUCCUCUUUUGCACCUUGCAAAGACGACACAGGCGCCAUUGUCCCCUCAGGUCAGCUCAGCCGCAUCUGGUGGCAGCGUGUAGGCCGGCGAAACUUUGCGAAGAUUGCCGAUGCGGAGGAGCCAGAAGAGGAGAGUGAGAAUGGCACAGCGGCUGACUCGGCCGUGGCUGUGGAAAUUGAUGAGGAGCGCGUGAAGGAGGCCAUCGAGAACUGGGAUGAGACUGCAAUUGACCCGAGCCUUGACCAUGUGUUGGGCAAGAAAUCCGAGCAAGAAAAAGAGGUGGACGACCUUCUCGAGGAGGUCUCCGAUUUGAUCGAGACACUUGCCUCUUAUCAACGCAACCGCAACCUCACCUUGCCAACCAGUCAAGACCGUUACUCAGCUGAUCCGGUCAAUGGAGACAUGCUUCGGAACGGUAACCUCUCUCAUCAGCCAAGCGAGGAGGAAAUGGCAACCUACGAAGCACUCAAGGCUCAGUUGGCCUUGAUCAUACAAAACCUGCCGCCAUACGCGGUCGCCCGCCUCAACUCGGAUAAGCUCGGGGAGUUGGCCGUGAGCACCAAGCUCGAGAUCCGCUCCGACGAGUAUCGUGGCGUUAUGGAGGAGGAUGAGCCGACGCGGCUUGCCCGGUUGGCCGCGCAGGCCGCGACGUCCAACCAACGUCAAGCGCACAGGACGCCGAGCGUUUCUGGGCCCUAUGCUAAUCAUCAGUAUCAAACACAAUUCACACCAUCGGUCCGCCCCGUUGGGACCACGCAGCACUUCCCGCAGACGCCCUCGCGUCCGCAGGGUAAUGUGUACCAACGCGCGCCAUCCAGCGUUCCCAUUUCCCAACCUCACCAACAAGUGCAGCCCCGAGCCGCGCCCGGCACCCAAUUCAGACCGAUGUAUGCACCCCAGCUCGCCAAGGCCCAGGGACCCUACGGCCACUCCAACAUGCCACAUCAAUUCGCUGGUACGCCAUCACAGCCACGAAUGCAGCAACAUGCCAAUUACAAUAUGGGGCAGCCUGGCACGCCCAGCCACCGCUUUCCACAGGGUUAUCCUGCUGGUUAUCAACAACAGCAAAUCCAGCCGCAUCCUCAACAUGCGCAGCACUCCCCACACCCGCAACAUUCUCCACACCCGCCGCCUAUGGCGCACCCCCAACAGCCCCAAUCGCCAACUCCCCCUCAGCAGCAUCAACAAAUCGUCCGCCCGCCGUAUGGGAGUCCCGGUCCGGGCAUUCCUCCGAAUGCUGUCCCCCGCCAAUACGCUGCCGGCUCACCCGGCCCCGGCAUGAUGCCGGCAGGUGGCGGCGGCAAUGGUGCAGGGGCUGGCAGGUCGAACCUCACUGGUUUUGCGACGGUCAUGCCCGAGGUGCAACAACGGCAGCUGAUGGAGCAGGCGCGUGCCCGCGCCGACGCUGAGCAGCGCGCCAGUGGACACAUGGGCAAGGUUACGCAGGGCGAGGUUGUCGGGUUGGCGGGAAUUGGGCUGGCGGGUCAUAUGGACGUGCACAAGGUGGCCGCGGCCAAAAUGCAGAUGGGGAAUAGUGCUAACAACAACGGCCAUAGCGUGUCGCCUAGUCCCAAGGUGGCGAUGGGGGCGACCAUGCAGGGACAUGGUCAGGGCGGAAUUAAUGGCGCGGCUGCGGUUGGUACCGGACCUGCAUCAGGAACCGGCGGCCCUAUGCCAGCCCAGGCCGCGCCGGUGCCGGGGACUGCGGGUCUGCCGCCGCAACAGGGUAAACCUGUUGCGUGA